AUGUACGGUGGGUCGCAGAAGGCUGGGCGAAUCUACUUGAAGCGCCAGCUGUUCAGCAUGGAGAUGAAGGAAGGCGGCAAUGUGUUGAGCAGCGCUGCAAUCGCGAGACGUCGUGAUGUGCUCACAAAUGAGCACAUCAAGAGACAAGGUGACGAGACGAUAUCGGUGGAGACUGGAGACGCGGAGAAGGCGUUCAGUGCUGAGCGUGAACCUCGCCAGUGUACGUACUGCGGCAAAUUGGGGCACACGGCGGAGCGGUACUGGACCAAGAACAAGGACGAAAAUAUAGGAGGAAAUCUACGCGCCGGCAACAAUGCUCGUGGACGCGGAGCCAACAACGUUCAGUGGCGAUUCCACAGCAACUACGACGACAACUACGAUCGAGUUGCGUUCGCGGUUUCGCUGGAGGCUGGAUUUUCAACGGGCAAGAAUAUGCCAAGGAUGUGGGCGGUCGACAGCGGUGCGACGCAUCACAUCUGCAACGACAAGGCCAAGUUCACAAGCCUGAAUGAGCGAGAAGAAGGCAAACUAUCGGUGGCUGAUGGCAGCAAAGGCUGCGAUCAAGGGUGUGGGAACCAUCAUGGAACGGGAGGUUCUGCCCAGGAGUGA